CGCGGCAGACGACACCGGGAAUAUUGACGCCCUCCGUUAGAAAACCUUAUAUUUCUAGGGAUUUAGAACACUUUGUAAGAGGAGGUAAAAAUGUGAUGCAAAUAAUGAACCAAUCGUAAAAGAGGAUAUUCCUGUCAACAGAUGGCGUGUAAAGAUGGCGGAGAAAGAAGAAGAGAGAUCCAAGAAAUUUGACUACGAGCAAACUUUGAUCUAUGGAAAGUACAAGCGAGAUCUUGGAAAAUGGGCCAAGUUCCAGGCGAGGACGAUCAAGAAGGAGAAGCGGGACAUUGGGAACACGGAGGUUAAACCCACCAGUGGAUUCCGGGUCUUCUUAGAGAGACUGCGACAGAGAGGGUUCAAAUAUAAAGCUCUAAAAGAAUCAUCUAAGUUCAAGAGAUUAAUCCAUUUUCGAGAUGUUGUCUUCCAAAAAAUUGGAGAAGAUUGGAUCUUCUUGGCUCUGCUGGGAAUUCUUAUGGCCCUGCUUAGUUUUACUAUGGAUUUUAUCAUUGAAAAGUGCCAAGCAGCUAAGUUCUGGUUAUAUCAGGAGCUGGCUUUCUCCCCACCACUUCAGUAUUUUGCCUGGGUGUCCUACACACUGCUGUUUAUAUUAUUUGCCACAGGAUUUUCUCAUCUUGUCUCACCUCAGGCUUGUGGGUCUGGUAUCCCAGAGAUGAAGACUAUUUUAAGAGGCGUGGUGUUAAAAGAAUUUCUUACAUUUAGGACACUGGUGUCCAAAGUAGUAGGACUUUGUUCCUCGUUAGGGAGUACACUUCCUAUUGGGAAAGAGGGUCCUUUUGUACACAUUGCUAGUAUUGUUGCAACAUUACUGGGAAAAUUAACAACAUUUAAAGGAAUAUAUGAAAAUGAAUCUCGUAGAACAGAGAUGCUGGCAGCAGCCUGUGCUGUUGGAGUGGCGGCCACAUUUGCGGCUCCUAUUGGAGGUGUGUUAUUUAGUAUUGAGGUCACAGCGACCUACUUUGCUGUCAGGAAUUACUGGAGAGGAUUCUUUGCUGCCGUUUGUGGGGCUGUCACAUUAAGAAUGCUUGCCAUCUGGUUUAAAAAUGAAGCUACUCUCACAGCUAUGUUCAAAACCACCCUAAGAACAGAUUUCCCCUUUGAUGUUCUAGAGCUGCUUGUUUUUGCUAUUAUGGGCGUGCUGUGUGGAUUAGCAGGAGCGCUUUUCAUUUUGUUUCAUCGAAAAAUUGUUUUGCUCACUAGAAGACAUCGCAAGAUAACAGAUUUCUUACAAAAAAAGGUGCUAUGCGGUUUAGCAGGAGCACUUUUUAUUUUGUUUCAUCGAAAAAUUGUUUUGCUUUUAACAAAUGAUAAUUUGACAUCCAAGCAGGCAAUCAAUGAACUGUUCAGUAACAUUACAUGGACAACAGGACAGGCAGAGGGUCUGAGAGACGAGGAAAUCAUCAGCCAUUGGAAACAUGGCAGCACCAAUAUAUAUGUCAACCUAGUCAUCUUCGUAGUGUUUAAUUUUAUGUUUGGAGCUUUCUGCAAUACCAUGCCAGUUCCUGCUGGUGUAUUUGUACCAGUUUUCUUAGUGGGAGCUGCCUUUGGUCGCCUGACGGGGGAGUGUAUGGCAGCCUGGUUCCCUGAGGGGAUUCCCUCGGGUGACAUCAUCAAUAAAAUUGUACCGGGAGGUUACGCUGUCGUAGGAGCAGCCUCAUUUUCAGGGGCUGUCACUCGGACCAUUUCAACAUCAGUGAUUGUAUUUGAAGUCACUGGUCAAAUCAGUCAUGUACUUCCAGCAGUUGUGGCAGUGUUAAUCUCCAAUGCAGUGGCCGGGAAGUUCCAGCCGUCCUUCUAUGAUAGCAUCAUCAAGCUCAAACAGUUGCCAUAUCUUCCAGACAUUGUAUCUGCAAAAGCAAAUGCCUGGAAAGUAUUUAUAGAAGACAUCAUGGUCAAGGAGGUUGCCAGUAUUUCAUUUAGAUCAAGUUAUGGAGAACUCAGAGAACUUCUAACCUCUACCAACUACAAAAGCUACCCUCUAGUUGAUGCUCCAGACUCCAUGAUUCUGCUUGGUUCUAUACAAAGACUUGAACUGGAGCGAGUUUUAUUUGUUCAUCUCAGCAAAGACCAGAAAAUAUUUAUACAGAGUGAUGAUGAGGAUGAUGAAUCAAGGAGAAGUAACUCUUCCUCUAUGACUGACGUGUCGGUCAUCAAACGGUCCAUCACCCCACCCCCAACAAUCAACAUCAUCCCACAGAAUAAGUCCAGGUUCCUGGUGUCAAAGGUCGAGGAGAAGAAAAGGUCAAGGACACCCAGUCCAAGCAGAUUCUCAAUGCCAAGAUCUUCUAGUGCUUCCUCAUUAGAGUCAGAGAAAGAGAGACAGGUGUAUCACACGUUACAGCUGCCCCUCAGAUCUAUCCUCAAAAAAUCAUCCUCAUCCUCAGCUCUAUCAGACAGGGCCAACAGCGAAACCAAUCUUCAGUCUGAAAUUACUGCUUACUAUAGAAAAUUGGCCAGUACCAAAAAAACGAGUAUAUGUGAAGAUGCUCCAUAUAUCCUUGAUAAAAGAAGCUUUACUAAUCUGGCAAAGAAAGUUAGACUGCCUCCAGAACCAGUAAAGAUUAAGAAUCUUACUACAGAACAACAAGAAGAGUGGGAGGAGCAAAGACUUACCGAUCCAAUAGAAUGGGAGGGAGUUCAGAUAGACCCCGCCCCCUUCCAGCUGGUGGAGAGAACUUCUCUACACAAGGUUCAUUCUUUGUUUUCUUUGUUGGGAAUUAAUCACGCUUAUGUCACCAACACAGGGAGACUUGUUGGAGUGGUGGGAUUAAAAGAACUAAGAAGAGCCAUUCAGGGAAGAAUUGAUGCUCAGGCCAAAGGUCAAGAUGAGACAGAGGAUGAAGAAGUUGAGGAGAUAGAUCCUCAGAACCUGGAGGUGGAGAUGCCUCAGCCUCAAAAUGAAUACAGACUGGUUAACACCUCUAACGAGGAACUGCACGGAGUGCUAGUGACUAAGGACGAGUGACUCGUUAACACCGCUAACAAUGAGCUGCAUGGUGUGCUAGUGACUAAGGAUGAGUGAAUUGUUAACACCUCAAACAAGGAGCUACACAGAGUGCUAAUGACUGUGGGCGAGUGAGGACCACACACAAGUGUGGAUUCAUUUGUAGUGCAGAUGUGAUCAAUUGUUAUGUGAAAUUUUGUCAACUUUUAAAAAUCUAGCUUUACUUCUGAGUCACUUCAGGUUUGGGAAAAUUCAUAUACUCUACCAUAAGAAAUUAAUACCGAAAAAGUGUGUUCAUAAUAGAAUUGAAUAUUAUUUUCCUUGAUAUGUGUUCCACAGGAAAAAAAGUGUUUUCGACUUUUUCAGUAUCUCAGGAUUCAUUAAAAGUCAUAGAGCCAUAACGUCACCUUUUGACCAAAUUGUAUUCAUUCCUUGUUAAUUAUCACAACGUAUGUUGAUAUGGUUUUUAAUGGUUGUUCCAGAAAUACAUUCCUGCAGCCAUUUUAAAACUUUCCUUAUCAAGGAGAUGCUCAAAGAACUGUCAAUAAAUCUUCACAAAUAUUAUCAUUUUAUGCAUUGUAAGAUAUUUUUUUCUCAUGUAAGAAUCUCAUUUUUUCUUAAUACACAUGUAAAUAAAUCAUUGCAAGAUUUUUUAUGAGCCAUUUUUAUGAUGCAAAAAUCUGUGCCAAUGUGCCAAGUUGAAUAUGCAGCAAAUGUUCACUCAGUGAGCGGGAACAGAAAUAUUUUUUUGUACAUGUUGUGCAUAUUGUGUGAUUGAAUCAUAUCUUGAUUUGUCUUACAUUUAAAAUGUAUUCUGGCAGAAGACCCUUUUUUGUGAAGUAUUACAAAGACUUUUGACUCAAAUAUUUUUAAAUAUAGCACAAAAUAACAUGCAAACCAGGGGGGGGGGAACAAUUAUUGACCAUUUUUCUUGUGUAUAGAUGGCCAGUAAGACAGAAGGGGGCUAUAUUCUUGACGGAAUACAGCUGCUGGCUGUAUAUACUCUCACUUCAUGUGACUUGCACACAUAACAUGGGGGGUUCUGCAGGUGAUCCCUCUGUAUUUUUUGUCUGUUUGAAACACUAUAUACUUGCUUUAAUAUCUUAUAAACAGAAGAGCUUAAACACAUUGCUCAGGUGUUUUAUGGGAAUGUCCUAGUGCUUUAAUUAUAAAAUAAAGUCAUCAUCCUACAUACAGCAACAACAAAAAAGGACAAAAACAGAACAAAAGAUUUUAAAUAAGUAGAAAAAUUCUAUAUUCAAAGGAUUUUUCCAAAGCUCUGGUUGUUUUGCAUGUAUCAGUUAUUUAUGAAUGUUACAUUUAUUUAGAAUUCUUCAUUUAAAAUAAAAAUGAGAAGCGGGAAUUUUCUUCAUUGGUCUUCCUGAUUAUGAAGCAGCAAUAUAUCAUACAGUAAUGUGUGGAAUACUUGCAAUGGCCCAUGCUUUAAUAAGCUAGUCAGUGUUAAAUACCAUUAAAUGAUAGCAAACAUGUUGGAAGAAGGUACUUUGAUUAAUGAAUGAAUUGUUGUUUUGUCAUUAAACAACAAAUGUAAUGUCAUAAUGAUGAUUAACAUAUUGUUUAAGUUAUGUAUGUUGUUUUUAAAUGUUUGUUGAUAUUUUUCACUUUACCUGUCUUUCAUGAAGUUUUAAGAUACGAGCAUUAAUAUUGGAAGUUGUAUGUCUUCCAUGGCAUUUUGUAUUGUACAUUUUUACUGGAUGCCUUAAUAUUAAUGUUUGCUGGUCACAAUUGUGUAGAAUGAAUGUCACAGUUGUUAUGAAAUUAUGUGAUACAAUUCAUUUUUGACUUUAACAAAGAGAUAUAAAUUCAUCGUUGUUUUUUUUUAUAUCACAUUAUCAUUGCUAUCACAGUAAUAUAUUUUGUGCUUCUGAUUUUCUAUAUUUUAUGGCCUUCUAAUACAUUUUUAUUAUGUUAACUUUCAAAGUAACUCAAUGUAACCAGAAAUUUAAGAUACAAAUGUUCUCCUUAGAAUAA